CGGAGCCCUUUGUGAGGGCGGCGGACGACGCCAGACGGCGGCACCAUGAGCGGCUCGGGCGGGGCGGCGGCGGCGGCCGUCAGCUCCGCGCCGCCCGCGCAGGACGAGGGCAUGACGUGGUGGUACCGCUGGCUGUGCCGCCUGUCGGGGGUGCUGGGGGCCGUCUCUUGCGCUGUCUCGGGCCUCUUCAACUGCAUCACCGUCCGCCCUCUGAACAUCGCGGCCGGCGUGUGGAUGAUCAUGAACGCCUUCACCCUGCUGCUCUGCGAGGCGCCCUUCUGCUGCCAGUUCAUCGAGUUCGCGAACACCGCGGCGGCGAAGGCGGACCGGCUGCGCUCCUGGCAGAAGGCUGUCUUCUACUGCGGGAUGGCCGUCAUUCCCAUCAUCAUCAGCCUGACCCUGACCACGCUGCUGGGCAAUGCCAUCGCGUUCGCCACCGGCGUGCUGUAUGGACUCUCCGCUCUGGGCAAAAAGGGCGAUGCGAUCUCCUAUGCCAGGAUCCAGCAGCAGAAGCAGCAGGUGGACGAGGAGAAGCUCACGGACACCCUGGAGGGGGAGCUGUAAUGUGAGCUCCCUGCUCGCCCCUCUGGUUCAGUGCGGACACAUCCUGCAGGGAUGAGGCCUGGAGCACUGACCCUGAAGGACAUCCUGGAAGAGGAGCCUUUGGCUCCCACCAGCCCCCCUACACCUGGAGUCCUCUUCUGUCUUCUCCUCCCUCUAGCUUGGUGUCUCCCGGCCCUGGGCCUCGGCCCGCGGCAGGAAGCCUGGCAGUGACAGCGGGCAGCCUCCACGGUGACCCAGGCCGCGCGGCUGGAGGCGGGGCGGGGCCUGCCUGGUCCCACUCCUCGCAGCUGGCCCGGCUCAGCUGGAAACACGCUGCCGUGUGCAUUUCCGGACGCCCACCGCCAGCGGAGACCAGGGACCUGCUGAAGGCUGGGGCGGGGCUUCCCCCACAGAUGCUGGGCUUGUGCCGAGCGGGGAGCCAUGUCCCCCUGGGCCCGGGCAUUGGGCAGAGUCAGCCUCCACUUGGCUCUUCGGGCAAGAAAGUAACUUGUAGGCUGAGUCAUCCGGGCCCCCUCUGUCUACCUGUCAUCGGGACGGUGGUGCCCCGUGGCCCAUGCUCUCCUCCUACCACUGCCUAGGUUCCUCCCCACCUCUCUGUUCUCCGUGGGAGCCCACAGCACUCCCGAGAUGCUUCCCGAGUGUCCAGAACAGCCACCUUGGCAGUGGCUGGACAGCUAGGGACUGCUCCCUCCCCCGGUUCCCCGGAAGCUUGCACAAACCGUUCAGCAUACUUCUGGGUCCUGGCCCGGGCCCCAGGUUCUCCCUCCAACCCGCAAGGCCCUGGUGCUGAGGAAGUGGGGAGGGCAGGCUCUCCUUUGUCCUGUGGGCCUGUCUGUCCAUCUUUCUGGUGUGGUCCUGCCACGUCAGCCGUGGCCCAACCGAGUUAGUAGGGCUAAGUUCAACCCACCAAUAUUGCUGCCGGCCUACCCCCCGACCCUGCCUUCGGGGAGUUUUUUGCCUUUGAGAGCUGGGCAGAGGCCAGAGCUGCCUCCACCACCACGAGCUGUACCCAGGCCACCUGGGAGCAAGGCCCGUGCGGAUGGUGCGAGGAGGCGGCCCUGCCUGGGCUGGGCACCGUUGCCCCCGGCCUCCCUCCACGCCAGCAUUCCGGUGUCCCCUGCGUGUGUCCGCCUCAGCCCACGGACGGCUCUGCUCAAGGGACCAGCCCCCAGCUGCUAGGCCUGUCCAGUGGGGCCUGGCCAAGCCCGGGUGGCACUGGGCACAGAUGGGUUGGUGUGGAAAAGGUCUAGCUCUGCUCUUCCUUCUCCCGGGACCCUAGCUGUGCCAGCUCCCAGCCCUGAGCUCAGCCCCAGCCCUGCUUUGUUGAAAGCAGCCCUAGGGCUGUGUCCAAAUCCUUGCUUCCCGGAGACAGCUCCUCUCUGGGUGGGGGCUGGGCUUGUCAGUGUUGGACAGUGGGAGGGACACGUCCCAGGGCUUCUGCUCAGCAGCGGCCCCCAGCGGCCUUCCAGAGAGCCCACCAGGCUGAGCCCCAGGGCACGGCAGCUGGCCGGCCUGGUGGGACACGUGCCUUCAGGGGUCCCCUGGGACCACCUUUCUCAAGCAAGCGCUGGGUUCAAAGGGCUAUGGGUUCUAUACUCUCCAGGCGGGCGGGGGUGUGCGUGUGCGUGUGUUCUGCAUGUGCUACAAGACCUGUCUACCUCCCAAGAGGAGCAAGGGCCCUGCCUGCCCCUCUUGGCUCAUUCUUACCGAGGCAGUGGGAUGCGGGGGUCACUUCUGCCCAGCCCUCCUGACCCCGCUGCACAGGCCUCGCUGGCGGGGCUUCCUUCUGCAGGGGGAGAGGCUGGCUGUGUCCAGGAAGGCUGCACCUCUACCCCAUCAGGUCGGGUGGGCUCUCGAGGCAGGCGCAGACCCUCCAGCCCGAGUCAUUGGCCGGGUCGGACCCGUCACGUGCCCGGGGUUCCCAGCGAGCCCGGCAAAGCAGUCCCGGAGCAGUGACCCCGUCCCUCAGUGUGGGGUGCCGCCUCGCAAGGAACAUCCGUCCAGGUGGCAGAAGGGGCCAGGCCGCCCGGUUCCGUUCCCGCCUCCACGGGUCUGGACUCUGUCGUCUUGGGUCCCUGUUUCUCGCAGUGUUUGGCUUGCGUUUUGAGCAAUAAAGCUUGGUGUAGUGGUACCCUC